AUGGAGGAAACCCAACACCGCGAAAAAGGGAUUCGAUUCGAGGCAGAAAGUCUAGGGGAUCCUAUUACUGUGCUAGAUGCCGCAGAAGCAGAAGCAGAUUCAGCUCGCUGUACUGCAUCUUUCCGCACACUCGUCCACUUCAUUAAGUUCAACGUCCGGUAUCUGCCCAUAGAUGCUGGUUCUUUGGACGGAGGCUGCCCAAUCUGCCGCGAAAAAACGUCCAAGUCGCAGGAAGGGAUGCUACAAGUCGACCUCCCUGCCUGCAAACAUAUCUUCGGAGCAGACUGCUUCGAAAGGUACAUCCAGCGCUCUUAUACCUGCCCUAUGUGCCGAGAGAUAUGGUUCGAGAAGCGACUGACCCCCGAAACGCCUUCUACACAAGGACGAAGUGGACAGGUUGUCAUCGAGGUGUCAAUUACUAGUGAUGAAGCCGCGGAUUCAUUGCUGAACGCGCUGCAGAAUGAGAGCGGCGAGAUGGUGAGGCGAUUGCUGGGCGAGCAGAUCGCGGAACUUGAUGAGAACGAAGGGAUGCUGAGUUCCAGCCUUCAACUACUGGGGAUGAAUCUAAUACCAGCAGUGAAUCUAGCGUCGUUCUCUCAGUGA